AUGUUAUUCGUCAAGCUUGUUGAGGUAUUGGUAAAAUUGUCCAUGGUCGCGCCCUUGUUUGCUGUUGGUCAGCGGUACACUACACAGGAUCGAAAGUUUUACAAAUUGCAGAGCAAAUCACUGCUUGGAAAUGUGACGAUAGUGAGUCAGGUCAAAGAUCACUACGAUUGCUCGUUUAUGUGUGUAAAAUAUGGCCAUUUAACCUGCUUGUCAUUUAACUUCAACACCACCGUGAACGAGGACGGUUUUCAUUUUUGUGAAUUAAGUAAUUCUGAAAGAUAUUUAGAGCCGCAAAAGACACAAGAAAUGCCCGGAAACGACUACUAUGGGACCGCAACUGAAGUAAGUCAUGUUGAAACUUGUAAAUAUAGGACUAAUACUGUUUAUGGCCUUCAAAUAGACAACAAAUCUUGAUUAUUUGGUCAGCACAAAAUGUUUGGAUAAGCCCUGAAAAAGAUGCAAAGACGCCAACUGGAAAAGAGUAAAUUUUGACCGAGAAAUGAAAUAUAACGUUUUGACCGGAAAAAGUCAUCAUCAUCAUCAUCAUGUCUUUUUUUGCAAUCCGGAUUUUAGAGUAGCAUUUCUGCUAGUAUCUCCGAAAGAGAAGUAUAGUAAGAAAUAAAUUGGAAGAAAAAUACAAAUAGUACAAUUAAAAUAAAUGCUCUUUAGACAUCAACUAAACUUUAAAAAGGCUAACUGCUUUAUGCAUAGUUUGAAGGUAUCCAGAUCAGGAACGCGUCUUGUUUCAUCGGGCAGGGAGUAUCAGGUGGAAAUAGCUAAUUAUUUCCCCUCCCUCCCCACCCCCUAAAAAUAACAGUAUUGAUCCAAAGUUAGGAAUAAUUGCUGAUAUGUUGACAUUUUUUCUCUUAGUUUCUUUUCAGUUUUUGGCCAUGUCUUAGCAGUCCAUGUAACUACGGAGGGACAUGCACCAAUGGUCCAGGAGAGGGUGAAUUUUCCUGUCAGUGUAAACCUGAAGUAUCCGUCCGUCCAUUUAUUGACGACGCCUGUAAUAUCGGUAGGUUACUUAGUGUUAAAGCCUAUUUGAUAUAUUAGUAUUUAUAUUCUGCCAUAGAGAAUACGGCCAAUCAGAAAGCUAGCAACCCGAUGCAUAUUCUGCGGUAUGCAACGCCGCGGGUAGUAUUUCAUGAAACAAAUCCCGGCGAUACUUGCGGACUUCACAUUUUCACGCCGAAAAGAGAGCGGGAAGGGACAGGGGAAUUUGAUUUUUGUUUUCUUACUACCAAAAAAUUUCCAGAAGAAAGUUUGUAAUUAUAUAAACAAUACUAUAAAACCGGAGAACUAACUACCAUUCACACUUAAAGUUAAACUGUAACACGCGACGAAAUCAAACAGACCAUAACGGACAAAGAAGUUUAAACUCACCGAGAGCAACAGGAACAAACCGGUUAACUAGUGUUGCGAAGACCGAGAUGGACCCACACCUGUACUUCGAAAUAACAACUCUUACUAUAAAGAAAACAUUCAGAGACAUUCGACAGCUUUUUGCCUUUUUCUUCAGUAUGCAGUUAAAGGUGAGACAAAGGUGAAUACGAACUUUAUUCAUUGACAAGCUGUGGAUCAAUUGGACAUUGCUGUUAACAAACUAGAUAGAUAAAUAGAUAGACUACUUGUAAAUGUGACUUUCUUUGAGUCUUUAAAAUGUGAUACGUGUUUCUUAUUUUACGUCGCCAUGUUGAGUGGCAUGGAAUAAAAAGGCUCGUGUGUAUACAAAGAAAAAUCAAGGCGCUGGUGGAAUAUUUCACAGUAUAGCAUACCAGACGAAAGCAUUAAAUAACUAGUAUAUUCAGCAAUAUUAUUGAAUGCGGCUGAGCAUGAGGAAGAAUUACGUAGAUCGAGGAGGAUGUUAUCCAACUUGGCCUUCAGCCUCGGUGGACAAAUUCCUUCGAGAUCUGCAAAAUUCUUCACAUCAUAUGAAAACCGAAUUUAAUAAAUGUUUUAUUGUUCAUUGGAAAUAUUUCUAUUGGUUUUUCAAAAGCUUUCCGUUAACUUUCUUCUAAACGUUCUCGGCACGAUUUCAGGAUAUAACUGAUAUUUUUCCUUGCAAAUAUUCAUCAAACCAGAUAACAUCUAUUAAGCAAUAUGUUUUUCGAAUUCUUGCAGAUUUCCUUCAUUCAGUUUUAGUUCACUCGUGAAUAAAGAGCCAGGUGGGAGUGCCUGGAAACGAGGUUGAUUGAUGGGUAUAUUGUAAUUUGGUUAUGAAAAAUUAGCUGGGGGAUUAGAGCCAAUCAGAGAAGGACGAAAUAUUUCUAAAGAAUAGAAAACACAAUCUGAUUGAUCUGGCAUGACUCGGACUAUUCAGCAAAAUUCAUCUCCUAACGAGUUCCUCGAUAAUGGGUGCGGCUUGGUGUGUUGCCAAUUAAAGAACUCUUGAAAAUCCUACGGUUGAUGGUUUUAAAGGUAGGAAAAGGCUUCAAAGUUAUCAAAACCCUUUUUUUCGAUCGACUUUAGCAGAACUCUGCGCUCUAUGGAAUGUUUAGAACUUGAACUACAGUUUAUGUAAAUAAAAGAGACUAAGACUAAUUUUGUCCAGAAAUCGAAGUUAAUUUAAGACAAAAGAAAAUGAAAGCGAAUGUUAGCAAAAAAUCUACAUUCCAUGUACACAGGACAAAGGAUACUUUAGAACAAAUUGGCACCUAACCUUGAGCAAUCUAUGUCGCUAUUGUCAGCCUUUGCGAAGUUGGCGUCAGUUUACAGACGAAAACAGAGCUCUACAUUUCUUCUCGUGAUCAGGAGGAGACGAAAUUUAAACUUUUGACUAUUCCUCUUAACCUAUUACCUUAUUGUUUAGGAGAAUUAAAACUGCGAAUUUUUCAUGUUUGAAAGAUUUAACUUUGCGCAUGUUUUGUUUACCACUACACGCGCUAAUUUGAUCCGUCAAUCACAUUGCACUUUCUGAUUCUGUCGAAAUCACCUCUUAUGUAUACAUAUAUACCAAAAUAGUUAUUCUUUCCAAUCUAGGAAGGUAAAUAGUGGAGUGCCUUAGGAAUAUUUACUUUGAUUUCAACAAUAAUUGUUGGAUUCAUCUUUCUGAUUGGCUCAAAUCCCCCAGCUAGCAUUGACUAAAUAAGUAGGACGUUUACGAUAUCCAGUAGAAUAACACAACGGACGAGGCUGAGUUGACUCAGCUGUUUUUUGGUAGAUCGAAGAAGAAAUAGCCGAACUACAGCCUAAAGACAUGUUGUUAUUUAACAUCUUAUUUAAGUAAGAAUAUCUGCUAUUCAAGUGAGAAUAGCUGCUAGAAUCCAUAACCCAUAUAUCUUGAAUUUGCCCAGGAACAUGCAAAUGAAGACGUAAACUUAACACCCAUCGAGGUAAGCUCGUGUGUGUGAUGAUUUCCAUCUUCACACAAUACACUUUGGAGAACACACAAAACGAAGUAUAAUGAUUAAAGAGAGAUUAAACGUCACUUUUAUGGCAAACAAGAACAAGAUUUAGAAUAACAAUAAAGAUAAAAAUAACACUGAGAAUGAAUAUGAGAAUAAAAAUAAGAAUAAAAUAAUAAUAGUAAUAAUAAUAAUAAUAAUAAUAAUAAUAAAAACAAGAAGAAGAAAACUUAAGGUAGAAGAAGAACAAGGAAGAUGAAUAAGAAUAAGAGGAACAAAAGAAUGAGAACAAGAGAAAGAAAAAAAAGGGAAAAUGAUUUUAAAAAAGAUCGAGAUGAAAAUAAUUACUUCUUUACUGAAAAACUAAAGCUACAAUGUAUGAUGGUGAGCUGGGACUGGGCCGGGUGGGUGUUGAAGUAAUAAAGCCCUGGGUUUAUAUAAAUUUAACCAAUAGUAUGUUAUUUUUUGUCAUUUUUUCCAGAUCUAACUGACGUGUAUUUUAAUCCUGUGCCUCAGCACACAAAUCUAUAUAUUGCAAGCGUUGAGAGAUACCGACUAAUUAUCAUGAUGCCCAAAGGUUUUGUGAGCUCCAUAGGGCAACAUUAG